ACAGAGCAAGACGUGUGCAGCUGCCAACAAUUCAUUAAAGAUUUAACCAGAGAAGUCACGAGUGCACUUAAAAAUGGCGGACAACUGCCAUGCUUAACACACAUGUCAAAAACUUUGGGAAAAGGCAGAAAAAUGGAGUUACCUUUGGAUGAGGAGGAUGGCACAUUCACCAACAUUUCUUUGGCAGAUGAUUCAGAGUAUCGCUCAAGAAAACUCUCUUCAAAAGUGGAAGGAGCACCUACUACAAUGAUGAAUGCCGAUAUGGAUGCUGUUGAGAAUCAGGUGGAAUUAGAAGAGAAAACACGGCUUAUUAAUCAAGUUUUGGAACUGCAGCAUACACUUGAAGAUCUCUCAGCACGAGUAGAUGCUGUUAAGGAAGAAAACUUGAAACUGAAAUCAGAAAACCAAGUUCUUGGACAGUAUAUAGAAAAUCUGAUGUCAGCAUCUAGUGUUUUCCAAACAACUGACACAAAAAGCAAAAGGAAGUAAGGGUUGACUCACAGAUUAUGUAAUUGUAUUGCUGCUGGGUUUUAUUUGUUGUUAACUGGCAUAGGCUACAUAAGCUAAAAUUCUUUAGUUUGUGGCUUACUGAAUUCUCAAAGAUUAUAAACUUUGGUAAUAAACAGAAUUAAGAGCAUUAUCAUGAACAGGAGACAAGUUUGUGUAAUAAGCAAUGUGCAAAUGUAGUGUAGAUAAUUAUAAAAUUGUAGUAUUUGUUUUAAAAAUGAUCAUAUCUUGUUAAAAAGCAGGUUAGUUUGUCAGGUUAAACAAAGUUCUGUUGGCACUCUGAGGUCUUAGGGUAGAUUUCUUGACUAGCCUGGUAAUAGUUAUAAUAUUGUGUUGAAACCCCAUUUGAUAAAAAUACUCAGUUUAACUGCAUCACUUUUUUCACCUGAGAUGUGUUUACUGUUCAUAGCUCUACAAAACAAAACAAAAACCUAUAAACCAGUUAAGCAUUUCUGUGAAGUAGGAACACUAUGACGUUGUUUGCGGGGCUUGUAUACAGAAAAACACCUUGUACUUUUUUGGGAAGGGGGUAAGAGAGAUGCAGUAUCAGAUAUAAUAUGUACAUGUGAAACCAUUGCUGCUUUUCCAUUUCCCUGAAGAAUAAUCAGGCACAUCAUCACAAUGUAUGAUCUUCCUGAAGUUCUUCUGUUGUGUAAUGAAAAGUUAAGUAAAAACCUCAGUGAUAAGCUUUCCAGAAAGAGGUCAGCAAUGCUUCUCAUGCUCAUGAACAAACUGCAGCAAGGAACUGAGAACAAGUCUUUCCUUCCCCCUUUUACUUUCCUUCUGAAGUGCCAAACUUGUCUUCGCUUCAGACCUCAGAGCAGCUGUUUUCCUGCCUCAUAGGCUAAACUUGUGUAGAUCUUCUUGAGGCACUGCAUAAAAACAGCUAAGGCAGAAGGAUGCAGUGGAACAAUGGUGGAUUUUGCCUAUCAAAAUGGCACUGCUCUGAGCAAUGCCUGGUGGCAAGAUGCUGUUUUUUCUUGGCUUGGCUGUUAGGUUUUGUAGGGGAGCUUAGCCCAGAUUAUGGGUCUGAGCACUUCCCACCGAGGCAGCAUGUACAGCAUAAUCAGUAUUAAGGGAGAGCAGAAGCUGAAAUACAAACAAGUAAGUAAAUUUUAGCAGUACUUAGUUACAUCUAUUUCAUCUUGUCCUACAGCAGCUCUGCACUUAUUUACGUAUGUUAGCUAGGACUGAGUUCUCACUUCAGUAAUGAAGCCAUUUUACUUGACCUUUUAAAAGGAAACCACUAGUUCAAGGAGCUCUCUCAAGCAUAGUGUGAAUGAGGCAGUGUAACAGAAGAAUAAAUCCUUCUCAAAUCCCAACUUUCUUAGCAGCCAGGUACUGCUGUCUCAAGUGUAAGAUGACAUUGUGAGGUUCCCCUCUCCCAAAGGUCAGGUUUCCCAUUUCUCCCCAUUUAAAAUGGCUGUACAAUGCUCGAGUCAAAAGACUCUAAACAAAGUCAAAAGACUGCAAACAAAGCACUAAUAGUACAGUCUUGAGGGCUGUUGACAAGUCUGGGUCAAGAAACCCAAUGAUGAAAAAUGGAUGAUACCAUUUGUGUCAUGGGGUCCUUGUCAACAUCUCAAAUUAAUUUUAAUCUUCUUAAUUUUAAUCUUCUAUGGACUACUUUUUCACAUUACUGGAACUCUAAAUUAAUCCAAGAGUUUCUAGCAGGUAGAGUAGAUCAUAAGGCUAGAGUUUGAGGAUUAAAAUAACAAUCAUAGAAAGCACUUGACUUCUAAAGGUUGCAUUGCAUUAUAGCCAUCAUAGCUUUAAAGCCACAUUCCUACCGUCUCCAUCUGCACUGUAGUUCACCUGGUAACACAGCAUGCGCUUGUUAAGACUUCAGCAAUUCCCAAGAUAAAGUAAUUUUAAAAUUAUGGUUUUGUAUUGUAGAUUGGAUAGUGGUAUUUUAUCCAUCAGUGUGUAUACAGCAGUUAUUUAAUCUCCAUGCCAUUUUACAUCCCACUACUGUGGCCUUCAUUUAACUUACGAACAUUUUAAAGAUGUUGUAUUUCUGACUUUACACCAAAUAAAAACCUUUCAUUUGUCUCAA